AUGAUUGUCAUCGGGCUCAAGACUCACAUCCGCAUUCGCAAGGCGAGAUGGUACAUAUUCGACACCGUCAAAUUGCAGCAUCUGGUCGAUGAGAGCCUGAGCCUCCACCCAAAUUCCACAGCAGGAGUGGUGAACCACAUCGUCAGCACCCUUCGCGAGCAAUAUGGCCCAGACAUGAUCGCUGAGAGCCCGUUUCCAGCAAUCAGUGCGGACGGAGACGCCAUCUCGCCAAUUUCACCAUAUUCGUCCAAGUGGGUGUUCAACAAUGCCGGCGGUGCGAUGGGAAGCAUGUACAUCAUUCACGCCAGUAUUACCGAAUACCUGAUCGUGUUUGGCACGCCGUUGGGGACCGAAGGCCACAGCGGGCGGCACACGGCCGACGACUUCUUUUACAUCCUCGAAGGCGAGGAGUGGGCGUACACGGCCAACUCGCUGGUCGGGGAGAAGUACCCCAAGGGGACGAUGCAUCAUCUUAGACGUGGCGAUAUCAAGCAGUAUAAGAUGCACGAGGGCUGUUGGGCGCUCGAGCUCGCCCAAGGCUGGAUUCCCCCAAUGCUGCCGUUUGGAUUCGCGGAUACUCUGUUUUCAACUUCGGACUUUCUCACGUUCUCAAAUACCGUCUGGUUGACUGCGAAGAGUAUGCUUCGGUGUUUGUCGGUUGGGAAGAUAUAG